AUGGAAAGUUACAGUAAUCAUCUUGCGAGAAGAUUUUUGGGGAAAUGGAAGCCAGAAGAGCCAGAAUAUGGAGAAAAAGAGCGAACGUUGAUGAUUAAAGCAGGAGAUUGCCUAGAUCAAAUUCUCAGCACAAUCGCAACAAGCAUUGGGAUUGUUGAAGAAGAUCUUGCAGCGUGUUUCCCAUCACUAAUGAUAGCUUACUGCAACCCUGGCGUAGUAUCGUGCCAAGUGAUGAACUAUGCACAUAUGAUCACUGUUUGGAUGGGAGAUGUUAACGCUGAUGUAAAUUUUACGCCUAUACCAGAUGGUAUUGCGUUCUUCUGCGAAACACCGGCUAUACUGUACAAUGUUUUAAACAGCAAUGGCAACGUUAUGGAUAAAACAAAUGUAGUAACUACAUCGUGUUAA